GUCGCUAUCAGCGUCAGCGUCACAUCAUGAAGAGUACUGGGCGAGAAUAGACGCAGGAAGGGCAUGCUUGUAUGAACCGCCUAAAGUUGCCGUCGAAAGGAACUCUAGCCGAACACUUAGGUCAUUACGAUCCGACCCCCUUUACAUGUGUACAUUGAACGCAUGGCAAGGAUGCAAAAGAUCAACAAUGUUACACUGCAAGUCUAUGCAGGGUCUUGGGUCAUUUUACAUCCAAAUGUUUGUAAAAAAGCGAGUGUUUCGUCGCGCGAUCCUGCCAACUCGAUACGCGGCCGGAUUACAUAAACCGUCGCGUUCGUAGGAUUCCAGCAAACUAACCUUGUCGCAUAUCUUUGUUCAAAAUUCAACUAUGAAAGCAAGAACAACCAUCAACUCCUUUCGCGGGUGCUUGCGGCAAAAGUACCUUGCGCACAAGAUUGCAUUUGCAUUCCUCUGUGCAUUUGCCAUCUUUGCCGUCCAGACAAAUCUACAAGGAUCGGUCUCCUUCUACCGCCUCAGGGCUGCAAGCGGUGCAGCCGGAGGAGCCACUAGCAUUUUUGUGCUGCUAUACAAUGCGGACAUGUCCUCGCGCCAAAAAGUGGACCACUUCGGGCGAGAUUUUGUCAAGCCCACUUGGGACACCAUUCCAGCACCCUCCAAUUGGUUGCCGGCCACAAAGCAAACAUGCGUAUGCAUUUUACCUGACAAAUGACAGAUACACCUGCAACGCGCUCGUGGUCAAUCAGGCUCUCAAGGACACUGAGGAUCGGUAGAUUUUGUUGCAAUGAACGAGGCAGUAUCGCCAGAGUAUCGCAACAAACUUUGAGCUGGCCAACGUCAAACUCAUCCCAACCGCUCCAUGGCUAUAUACGGAUGUCCAUCCGACCCAACGCUUGUACGAACACUCCAUAACAAUGUUGUUCAUAUUCAACCUGACACAGUACGACCGCAUUGUCUACCUGGAUACUGAUAUGUACCCGCUAAGAAAUAUGGACGAGUUCUUUGAUUUACCGGAUUAUUUUCUCUACGCUCCAAGAGCACAUUGGCUCACAGCAGAGCAGCCCUGGGUGACAAAUUGCAUGAUGGUGUUGACACCUCUGGAAGCCACUUUGCUCGAAAUUAAAAAUGAAUUUACCGACCGAGUGAAGAAGAAGAAUUCUGCCUUUGGCAUGCACGUCAUUAACUACCUUUACCGUAAUCGGAUGUCAAUUCUUCCUUUUGGUACCAUUAUUCUGAAUGGGCACCUUCGUGGAAACCCGACGGAUAAAUCAUCACAUAUACCAUACAAAACCAUAGAAGAUGCGGCCAGAUCAGCGUAUGCCGUCCAUUUCAGUGAACAACCUAACGGCCAGUUUGGAAAGCCCUGGUAUAUCGCAGACCGGACGGUCCAUGGAGAAGCGCAUCCGCUAUAUCGCCGAAUAUUUGAUAAUUGGUUCCGUGGCGUUGACCAGUAUUGUGUGAACCCAGAACCAAAUUAACCAAGUUCUGUAAAUAUCUGUAUAUUUCCGAAUACGAUCAAAC